AUGUUGCCUGCUCCAGUUGGAAGUAGAUUGUCCAAGGAAGAUGGAACUGAGUUGCUGACUCCUGAAGAGCAGACUAUCUACAGGAAGGGUGUGGGCAAACUCAUUCAUCUCACCAAGAUGUCAAGGCCUGAGACCAAGAACAGACUCAGAGAGUUGUCAAGGUUCAUGUCACAAGCCACUCAAGGACACAUGGCUGCUUUGAAACAGUUGAUGCUUCACUACCUCAAGACUCCUGAGAGAGGAUGGUUCAUCAAGCCCAAUGCCAAGUGGGAUGGUAAAGACAAGAGCUUUGAAUUUGUCAUCCAUGGCAUGUCUGAUGCUGAAUAUGCUGGAGACAGGGAUGAGUUCAGGAGUGUGAGUGGAGCUACAACAUUUCUUUGUGGAGCACCCAUUGCUGUCAGAAGCAAGAUGCAGAACAUUGUAACUUGUCUGUGA